UGACUCCCGUCGAAAACUGUGACUGGCAGAAUCGUACCGGAGAUCUCAAAUAGGAUAUAUCGUGUGAUUGGAAGGGAUCUUUGCAAGCUAGCUUUUCUACGACAUGGCGACCGCCAAGACAACUUCGGCUGCCCCCGAGAACAUACCCAAGCCGGCUGUACAUGAGCUGCCCGUGUCGAAGGUGAUCGUGCAUCCAUUGGUGUUGCUCUCGGUCGUUGAUCACUUCAAUCGCAUGGGAAAGAUUGGGAAUCAGAAACGAGUCAUCGGUGUUCUAUUGGGAUCCUUGAAAUCCAAGGGAAUCCUCGACAUCUCGAACAGCUUCGCCGUCCCCUUCGAUGAAGAUGACCGUGACAAAUCUGUGUGGUUUCUCGACCACGAUUAUCUGGAGAACAUGUUCGCCAUGUUCAAGAAGGUGAACGCCAGAGAACGCAUCGUCGGUUGGUAUCACACCGGUCCGAAACUCCAUCAAAACGACAUCGCAAUCAACGAGUUGGUGCGUCGCUACUGCCCGAACUCCGUGCUCGUUAUCAUCGGGGCGAAGCCCAAGGAUCUGGGCUUGCCGACCGAGGCUUACAUUUCGGUUGAGGAAGUGCACGAUGAUGGCACUCCGACGAGCAAAACUUUCGAGCACGUUCCAAGCGAAAUCGGCGCAGAGGAAGCCGAGGAGGUCGGUGUGGAACACCUUCUGCGGGACAUCAAGGACACCACAGUUGGAACACUCAGCCAGAGGAUCACAAACCAGUUCAUGAGUCUGAAGGGUCUUCAUUCACAAGUGAACGACAUCCGAAAAUAUCUCGACCACGUUGUCGAAGGUCAACUCCCUGUCAACCACACGAUCAUUUACCAAUUGCAAGACAUUUUCAAUCUGCUUCCCGACGUGUCCACUCAGGAGUUCGUGAAAAGUUUAUACGUGAAAACCAAUGAUCAAAUGCUGGUGGUUUAUCUUGCUUCAAUGGUGAGAUCUGUGAUCGCUUUGCACAAUUUGAUCAACAAUAAGAUCACGAAUCGGGACGCAGAGAAGAAGGAGAGCGAGAAAGUUGCGUCUCCGAAACGCGACGAGAAGGACAAGGGAGACAAGGAUUCGAAGGAUGCCAAGGACGCUAAGAAGGACGACAAAACGUCUAAAGACUCUGAAGAUUCGAAGUCCAAGAAGAAAUGAAUUUGCGAAAAUGAAUUUCUCCAAUGAGGAGCACAAGCGGGAAUAGAGAAUUUCUGAAAUAUCUCCCUACCGCUCAAUAUCCUCAUGGAUAUUUAUGGAUGAGAUGGUCGACCAUGAUAUAAAAGAUGUACAUACAU